AUGCUUACGUUCCUCCUGCUCGUUGUAGAGAACCUGUACAUCACCGGCUCCGUCGCCGCGCUCGAAAACUGGUCAACCGAUGACGCGCUCCUCUUGUCCUCAGCGAACUACCCUACCUGGAGUCUGACGGUGAACUUGCCUCCGAGCACGACCAUCGAGUACAAGUACCUCACGAAGAAUAAUGGGGACGUCACGUGGGAGGACGACCCGAACAGCAAUCUCACGACGCCUGCGAGCGGGAGCGUCACGCAGAGUGAUAGCUGGCAUUGAUCGUACAGGAACGAAAUUGACAGAAAGACUGUUCGAUACGGACGUUGACGGUAAUAUACAAGCAGUGUUGUACACGUGUACAAGAUGUUAAUGCAUCGGCUCAAACAGCAUAUCACUGCUGCUGGGCCAAAAGUCGAGCAUUCCGGGCUUGAGCGAAGAAUAGAUGCAGUUGAUUAUGCAAAUCAAUACAACUAAGGUACACUAUGUCGUGGGGCAUA